AACGCGCGACAGUAUUAAGGCUGCGAUUCUUUGCUGGAGAAAUGCUGAAGGCUGGACAAGCGCCAGGCAGGAAAAGGCAGCAAUAAGAGAAUAUUUGAGUUUCUCCCACAUCCACGCUCUGGCCGCUGCCAAUAUUUCGAAGAGCAACAGGAAAUUGUAACAGCGCACCAGGCUGGGGAAGAAGCGCGUAGCCACUGGGACUCUGGCAGUAGCGGCAAGCUGUGGGCGUUGACACACGGGGACCAUCAAUGCCUCCAAGUUUGUUAGUGGCAUCAACGAGGCAAGAGAAGCCGACCCACAGCCAGCAACGCUUCCCACUCGAGGUGUCCGAUGGCGGUGAAAUCAUUCCUGAUCUGCGCGCUGUCAUCUCUUGUUAGGCCGCCACUCCUCGUGAGAGGUGGUCUUCCAGAAGGUCCCAAUGUUACCGAGUGUGUGUGUGAAGGUCAAGGCUGCACGGGAGAUCGGUGCUUUGGCAAGCUAUGCUUCCAGACGGUCACCAUUAUGGACGGCUACCCUGUUCAUCACCGGGGAUGCUUCAACGAGACCAGCGCUGCGAUAUGCCACCAACCAUCACUUCCAGAGAAGACCACCUUCUGUUGCACAGAUACCCUCUGCAAUGCCAAUGUCAAGUCAGCGCCCCCUGUAGUGGAGCGGUUCGACUGCGUUUGUGAGCUGGGUUACUGCAGGACGGACACCUGCACCGGCUUCAAGUGCUUCGCCUCCCGCACCGUUGAGCACCCGGAAGAGGUGGCGAGGGGCUGUUUCAACUCCGCCGAGCAGCCCUGCGACCAGCGUACGCCCCGCAGCCGGACCAGGUGCUGCACGGGCGACUUCUGCAACCGCAACCUGACCGUGGGCACGUUCGAAGAGCCGGCCAGCAGGUUGACGCCUGUGGUGAAGAUCGUGGUGCCGGUGGUGGUGGUGCUGGUGCUGCUGUGCGCCCUGGCCGUCCUGCUGCUUGUCUUCCACAAGAAGCUGUGCCGGAUCAGGAAGGUGCCGUUCCUGCACAAGGACGAGGAGCUGAGCAAGGCCGACAUGCUGAAGCUCACCGACCCCGGAGACAACACCAUCACCGACUUGUUUGAUCAUUCCUGUACUUCUGGGAGUGGAUCUGGUCUGCCUUUCCUUGUUCAAAGAACGGUGGCCAGGCAAAUCACACUGAUAGAGUGUGUCGGGAAAGGCCGAUACGGUGAAGUGUGGAGGGGCUUGUGGCAGGGCGAGAAUGUGGCCGUCAAGAUCUUCUCGUCCAGAGAUGAGCAGUCCUGGUUUCGGGAGACGGAGAUUUACAACACUGUCUUGCUGAGGCACGAUAACAUUCUGGGGUUCAUUGCGUCGGACAUGACAUCGAGGAAUUCGAGCACCCAGCUCUGGCUCAUCACCCACUACCACGAGUAUGGCUCGCUGUACGACUACCUGCAGAGCAACACGGUCAGCGCGCACGCCUGCCUGCGGCUAGCGCUCUCCAUCAUCAGCGGCCUGGUCCACUUGCACGCCGAGAUCAUCGGCACGCCCGGAAAAGCAGCCAUCGCCCACCGGGACCUGAAGAGCAGAAACAUUCUGGUCAAGAGAAACAAGCAGUGCUGCAUCGCAGACUUAGGUCUGGCUGUGAUACACUCGCAGAACAAUGACUUCCUGGACAUCGGCAACAACCCUAAAGUGGGCACCAAGCGUUACAUGGCCCCGGAGGUCCUGGACGAGACCAUCUGCACCGGCCGCUUUGAGUCCUACAAGUGGACAGACAUGUGGGCGUUUGGGCUCGUACUGUGGGAGAUUGCCAGGAGAACCGUCACGAACGGAAUGACAGAAGAGUACAAGCCUCCUUUUUACGACGUGGUCCCCACGGACCCCAGCUUCGAAGACAUGAGGAAAGUCAUCUGCACUGAUCAACAGAGGCCCAACAUUCCCAACCGAUGGUUUUCCGAUCCGAUUCUCUCCUCUCUUGCUAAGCUGAUGAAGGAAUCCUGGCAUCAGAAUCCUUCUGCCAGGCUGACGGCUCUCCGCAUCAAAAAGAAUCUGGCCAACCUCACCAACGCCGACAUAACCUUCCACAAGCUCAAACCAGACUGCUAAACCCUCCUUCAAUUUGACCCUGGAAAGAACAGCUCCGAGACCUUCAAAGACACACCGCCCGCCAGUUCAUCCGCCCCUCAUCAGCCCAGACUGAUGUCCCUUUACACUUGCAAGCAAACACACUCACGGACAUCUACCCUACCGUGAUGGCCUCUUGUUUGAUACGAUGCGAUCAAACUUUAUUCACCCCAGGAGGGAAAUUGGCCUGUGAAACGGUCGUGAAACACGAGAUACACAAAACAUGAAAUUAAAGUAAUGAGUUGGAAGUCCAGGAUUGGGGAUGU